AUGGACGAUUCAUCGGCGACGGCGAACCUAACCUCAGUUCCUGAAGAGACCUCGGAAGAAGACCAAAAUCGUGAGACUUCCACUGAAACUGUCAACAAAUUGCCCUCCGGGUUUUCUGCUAAACCCGAUCGUCCUCCAAUCCAGAUUUCUUCACAAAAAUAUGCACCUAUAGAUUGGUUAGGCUACUUUGACCAAGAGGACGAUGUUCACAUCCAGGAUUCAAAUGAUGUUUUCCACGUUUACACAGCAGGAACUAAAGGUCCGGUUGUGUUUUGUCUACAUGGUGGGGGUUAUUCCGGGCUUUCAUUUGCAUUAUCAGCAAGUAUAAUGAAGGAGAAGGUUCGGGUUGUAGCCAUGGAUUUGAGGGGGCACGGAAAGUCGUCCACAGAGGAUGAAUUAGAUCUAUCAAUUGAGACUCUGUGCAAUGAUGUGCUUGCUGUUCUGAAAACAAUGUAUGGAGAUUCUCCUCCGGCAAUUAUACUUGUUGGCCACAGUAUGGGUGGCUCAGUUGCUGUUCAUGUUGCUGCGAAGAAGGCACUUCCUAGCUUGGCUGGCCUAAUUGUCGUAGAUGUUGUUGAGGGAACAGCAAUGGCUUCAUUGGUUCAUAUGCAAAAGAUUCUAUCAAACCGAAUGCAGCAUUUUUCAUCCAUCGAGAAAGCGAUCGAAUGGAGUGUCAAAGGAGGCUCUUUGAGAAAUAUUGAAUCUGCUUGUCUCUCGAUUCCCAGCACAUUAAAAUAUGAUGAGGUGAAAAAAUGUUACACCCACCGAGCUAAACUGGAAGAAACGGAACAAUAUUGGAGAGGCUGGUAUGAAGGCCUUUCAGAAAAAUUCUUGUCAUCACCCGUACCAAAAAUAUUGCUUCUAGCUGGGACAGAUAGACUGGACAGAACUCUCACAAUAGGUCAAAUGCAAGGGAAGUUUCAAAUGGUGGUUGUCCGACAUACUGGCCAUGCCAUACAGGAGGACGUGCCUGGGGAAUUCGCUACAUUGGUGCUUAAUUUUAUACAUAGGAAUCGAAUAGGCCCUCAUGGCGUUGAGAUUCCAGGGAUUCUUCGUCCAUCAGUUUCAAAACCUUGA